AUGUUUUACCAGGUGAAGGUUCCAGUUGAGGACAGAGACUUUUUACGUUUCUACUGGUGGGAAAACGGAAAUGUUGAUACUGAACCUAACGAAUACAGGAUGACAGUACAUUUGUUUAGGGCUACUUCUUCACCGAGUUGUAGUAAUUACUCUCUACAAAAUACGGCACCAGAAAACAAGGAUAGAUUUGAUUCUUUAGUGAUUGAUACACUGACAAAGAACAUGUAUGUAGAUAUUUGUUUGAGUUCUACCGAUACAGAAGAAAGUGCUAUAUCGCUUAUAAAGAAUGUAACUGAAUUGUGCAAAGAAGGCGGAUUUAAUAUGACUAAAUGGACAAGUAACAGUCAAAAUGUUGCAAGGAAUGUAGAGGAAUGGAAUUGUGGAGAUGAUAGUCUCACCGACCGUGCACUUGGAGUGUAUUGGUAUAUAACAGAUGACAAACUUGGAUUUCACAUAAACAUUAAAGAAAAACCGUCAACAAGACGCGGAAUUCUCAGCAUAGUCAGCUCAAUCUAUGACCCUAUUGGUAUUGUUUCUCCGUUUGUAUUGAUAGCCAAAUCAAUACUACAAGGAUUAUGCAAGAAAGAAAUUGGAUGGGAUGAAGAAAUUCCCAACAGCGAACUUUCGUCAUGGAACAAAUGGCUCAGUCAGCUUAAGGGAUUGGGAAACAUUAAAAUAGAUAGAUGCUACAAGCCUCAACACUUCAAGGCUAUUGUUUUAUGCCAACUACACUGUUUUGCAGACGCAAGUGACAAAGGUUAUGGUUGUGUAUUUUACAUACGGUUAGUCGAUGAAAAAGGUAGUAUACAGUGUUCCUUUUUGUUAGGAAAAUCGAGAGUAGCACCGCUUAAAUCGAUGACUAUUCCGAGGAUGGAACUGACAGCUGCUACUAGUGCCGUUAGGCUUGGAAACAUGAUUAUAAGAGAGAUAGAAUACUCAUUUGAUGACAUUUAUUACUAUUCAGACAGUAUGUCAGUAUUGCGAUAUAUAGCAAACUCAAAGACACGUUUUCACACUUUUGUAGCCAAUCGUUUGGCUGUUAUUCAUGAAUCAACUAAAGUAAACCAAUGGCACUACAUAGGCACAAAAGAGAACCUGGCUGAUUUAGCUUCCAGAGGAGCGACUAUUGAACAAUUUAACAGAAAUCCACAAUGGCUUCGUGGGCCAGAUGUCUUAUGGGAUAAAGACAUUGAAUUCCCACAGUGUGCCGAGGACACUAGUUUUAUCGGCAAUGAUUCAGAAGUUAAGAAACCAGUGGCUGUUUGCACUGUAGAAUCAUUUGAAGGAACGGAACGUCUUAUUUCUUACUUUUCGAAUUGGGAACGCUUAGUCACCAUACCAGCACGGUUCGUACUUGCGGCCAACAACUUUAGAAAUGCUAGAACAGUAUUAAAAUCGACGGAAACGGAAAAAUGA